AAUAAAGGAAAGUAUCAAGAGGGAUAGUGCAGGUCAGAUCACCCCCAGAAAUUAGAGAGCACCAGCCAGAGAGUAUCGAUAGCAGAAAUGCAUAGAAAAGGGAAUUACCCAACGCUUAGAAAUCCAUAGGCAGUAGAAACCUGCUACAUCUGUAAGAAAUGAAUGAGUGGGCAAGACCUGUCGUCCUCUCCAACCUUCAUGAACAGACCACGCGUAUUUCCCUAAGUGGUCUUAGAUCUUGCAGGAACUGGGGAAAGUCAACGCCGCUGCUGACGCAUUAUUGCUCUUACACGCUGGGCACUGUGCUGGGGAGCUGGGGAUGUUCUCCAGUCCCGAGCUGGCUGCAGACGUCCAGAUGCUGAGAGCAGCGAGUAGCCGCCCCGGGCCGCCCCCUGGAGACAUGACCGCCGCAUCCAGGCUGGUGCUGCUGCUGCUCGCCUGUUGCGCGGGCGCCUGUCAAGGUGCCCCAAUAUUAUCUCAAGGAUUACAGCCUGAACAAGAGCUACAGUUGUGGAAUGAGAUAGAUGAUGCUUGUUCAUCUUUCCUGUCCAUUGAUUCUCAGCCUCAGGCAUCCAAUGCACUGGAGCAGCUUUGCCUCUCAGUUUUGGGGACACUACCAAAGCCCCAGGAAAUAGAUGAAAAAGAUGAUACCAAAAGGUUCUUAUUUCAUUAUUCAAAGACACAGAAGUUGGGCAAUUCAAAUGUUGUGACCUCGGCUGUCGUUCACCCCCUGUUGCACCUCGUUCCUCAACUGCAUGAGAGAAGAAUGAAGAGGUUCAGAAUGAACGGAGAAAUUCAAGGUCCUCUUCCAAAUCAAAAAAUGUUUUUAUUCAGGCCACGCAAUGGGAGAAGGUCAGAAGAUUACAUUUAAAAUGUUGUGAGAAGAAACAAAGGAAACAAGCAAACAACAAAACAAAAACAUGCCGUUGGAAUGACCACAGAUGUUGGUUAUGAGAGAAGGGGGCGUGAGGUGGGAGGACUGGUGGAGAGGGACCUUUGGAUGAUGGUAGCUCUUAAAGGGUGAAUAUGUUAAAUACAUUUGUGAAACUGUAUUCCUGACAUUUAUAUGGUGUUGUAAAUCAAUCUUACCUCAGUAAAAUAAAGUGGUAUGUGCUUCACAAUUCAA